AUGGCUACAAUCACCACACCUUUCGUACCAUCCCUAGGUUCUAACCGCGUUUCUAAGUCAAGCCCCGGCGCGUGGCUCAUCCUCCGGCCUGAUGGCUACAUAAUGAAGCCAUGGGGUCGUCUCGAGGCAUGGCGUGAUAAGCCUGGCUUUCUCGGUUACCGGUUCCAUCGACUUCAAGAAGAUAUGGCUACUGAAAUCUCCUCAUCGUCUUCGAUCAAGACAAAACUGGGAGGGAGUUUUGUCAUCGAUGGAACCAUCACUGCCGCGGACACCAACACAGCUGCUUCUUUGACACUUUCAGUUGGAAGUUUUGACAUUUCGUCGGGGUUCAGUAUUGGAUCAUCAAAAACCCGUUCAGGAUGCGGGUCGGAUUUUUUUAUGUCGACCAGGGUGGAAAGAGUUCAGAAACAUAGCAGGCCUAAGGUGGAAGUAGUGGAUACAUACGUGGAAUGCGUGGAGGAUGCGGCGGCGUACGUGGCUUUGGCUGCGGCGGUGGAUUUAAGCAUGGAUGCAUGUAGGCUAUUUUCUCACAAGAUAAGGAAAGAGCUGAGACCACCAAGAAUUGUUUGA